GUGUUGACGGGGAUGUGAUUCUCAACAUCCUAACUGCGGAUUAGCUGCCUGACAAGAAAAAGGACAUCAAUGAUUUGGAAGUGCGACAUCGGUUGUCGAUUGCGAAUGAGAACAGCGAACAGCUCAGACAAAACGGAAGUGCAGUUCACGCACGAGUGAAGGGAACGCAGAAUUAUUGCCACAGAAAGGGAUUUGGGAAGUUCGGUAACAUGGUGAGAGGCCCAGAUCACAGAGCAUGUCUUGGUCAUGAGGAUAUGUCGAGUGGAUGGCCACCAGCCUAGUCUGUUCUGGCACGGCCCCACGGGCGACCCGGUUCUACGCCUUCUUUGACGCUUUGCUCCGAACUCGGCAUUCCCCACAGCACCGCUCUUUCCUUCUCUCCCCACAUUUUUUGUGUUUCUCAGCUCUCAUUAAGUACAAGAGGCGCCAUAGCGGCUUCUCAUCUCAUUCAUUUGGUCGUGAGUGCCCACCUUAACAGUGCAGGAACUUGCUUAGGAGCUGUAAGGAGCUGCAGGAGCAACCAGCACUUACUCGUGGGGUUGCCUCCAUAUUCCGUUGCAGUAGCCAGGCCACACUCCCACCGAGUUUGAAUUCGAACGCAGCGUGAGCUCAUGUCUUGGGAAUUAAUAACGCAGGAUGGCUCAGGGAAGAGGCAAUGCUGUUGGUGUCUUGUUCGUUGCCUCUCUACUCGCAUUUGCCCAUACAGUAGUGGGAGUUGACCACGUCAUUGGAGGCACAAACAAGUGGGACUACCCACCCGGCACAGACACAAACUAUUAUGCUACCUGGUCCGCAAAGCACAACUUUGUUGUGGGAGACUCUGCAGUGUUCAACUACGUGGCAACCCAGCAUAAUGUGCAAGUCGUGACUGCCAACGAGUACAGGAGUUGCGCCCAGAGUAAUGGCCAGACAUACAUGACUGGGAAGGAUAGCAUCCCUCUUACUACGGCGGGAAAGUACUACUUCAUCUGCAGCGUCAUCAGCCACUGCGAAAUGGGCAUGAAGAUUAUGAUAGACGUGAAGGCUGCGGCCGCGGCCCCUCCCCCCGCCACAACCACCCCUCCUACCAUGUCCCCUCUCCCUCCCACCGAAGCUCCAGCUGCGGCGCCCGUGUUGCCACCGCCUCCUUCCACUGCAACCUCGGUGCCCGCGUGCUUGAGUCUCGUCGCCGUCAUGGCGGCAUCCGCAUUCGGCGUGCUGUUUUUGUGUUAGAGGCCUCUGAUCUGCGGGGUUUGAAUGCGAGCUCUGUGGUCGGAUCCGCGAGCGGAGCGGAGCGAAGAGGAGUAGAGGAACUAAACCUGGAGCUGCCUGAACCAUAGCAGGUGAUGGAAUUGACAGGUUCACAAUUUUUUAGACCAAUAACACAAGACCAUUAUUAUCCAGUGACCCUUGAGGCUUGUACAGAUUACUAUUUCUUAGUUGUAUCUUCUCUGGGCUUGGGAUUUCCGUUUUUUUGAGAUUGCGUUCCACGCGUUCUGUUGCCUCCGGUCAUCGCACUUGUGUGCCAAUACCACAGUCACCUGUUUUUCCCACA